AUGACGAAGAUAUGUUUGAUAUUCAACGUGGCAAUAUUCGUUCUAUUGCUGGAUGCGAUUCAGUGUGAAUGUGAUAUUGAAACGGGUAUGCGAUACGAAAGUAAACAUCUCUGUGAACUUCUUCAAAAUACAACUGAUCAAAUAAGAGAGGAAUUCAAUGAGAUUUUUGCAAAUGCUGCCAAUUUAACCAAAGAACAGCUCAAUGACAACAUCGUAUCGUGGGCAACAAAAUACGGAGGCAGCUUUGAGAGGGAAUUGCGGCAGUAUUUGGCUGAUGAGGCAGACUACUGGAACAGGCGAUAUGAGACUUUGGUGAAGCGGAUUCAAGAGGCCAAUGCGACAGCUGAGGCAAAGAAAGAGCUACUAGAAGUGAUUGAGUUCGAGCAAGAUAUGGACACGAAAUUCAGCGAAUACGAAACGAAAUUGGAGCAGAUCUCGCAAAAAUACAGUCAAGCAACGCACGAUGAAGCUGUCAAAAUAUGGACUCAGAUUGAUACUUUCGAUACGGAAUAA